AUGGAUGGCAUCAGGCGGGCAAGAUGCGAUGCGAUGCGAUGGAUUAUCCAUGUCUUCCUCUACCACCUCCUCGUCGACCGGAACAUCAACGUCCAUUUCUCCUGCCCCUUCUACUCCAACGCCGUUGUCGCGGAAAUAUAUCCCGUCUUCUUCUUCUUCUUCUUCUUCUUCUUCUCCGCGUGCGAAGACGGUUCCACCACUUCUGUCUUCACUGUCGCUUCCACAGCACUAUUACGGAAAAGAAAAGGGAAGGGAAGGGGAGGUGGAAGUGGAGGCUACACGCGAGGCCGCCCCCGUUACCGAACAGCUUACGACCACGACUACGAGCGUGAGCGCGAACGGUGUCGUGAAAACAGCGGCGGAACGAGCCGCAUACGGCGGACACUGGUUCUUGCUGUUGUAGACUUGGGAGGAGGAGAAGGACGACCAUCAGACUACAAAUCCAACAUCGGCGGAAACGUGGGUGCAGAGCAAGACACGCGACAUGUGGAUAUGGGUGCAGAUGCAGAAACAGCAACCGCAGAUCUACAUGUCAACGACGCUGCUGUUGUGGGGGAAGGGGUGUUGUAUACCGAAGCUAUUAAUGCCGACGCUCAGCAGCAAAACGACCAGAAACAAGUCCAGGAACAGCAGGACGACAAACAAGGAAUGGACGUGGAAAAUGAACAACAGCAUUCGGAACAAGCAGCGGACACAACGAACGCGAACGUGGAUGUGGAUGUGGGAACAGAAGGAGAAGGAGUAUACGGUAAUGCGGAAGUAGAAGUAAACGCAGAAACUCCCGCUCCUACUCCUAUUCCUACUACUGCAGCACAAAGCUAG